GGCUGUUUGAUGGUAGUUACGCGCGAAAUCUCUAUAAAAUUUUACGUAUUCAAAACCUUUCCAUAACGUAGACUCUAGUCCAUAAUGCCUCCACAAAAUGAUGGCGUCGCGAAAGCGAUUCGCGACGCCGACCUCAAGCUGCUGGAUAACGGUCGAAUGAGUGUGAGGCGGCUCUUGCCUUUUCGAAAUCGAUGCAACUGGGGGCGAGACUUCCAGGAAGGCUAUCGCUGUUUCCGCUUUCACCGAAAUAUCCGCACUGCCAGCUAUAAUGAAAAGAGUGGCGUUGCCGAUGACGAUUGGGGGAUGGAGGCGGUAACUCGUUGAUCAUAAUUCGUUACUACAGAGAUGUGUACUUUUUCUUCGAUAAGCUUCUGGAUUUUUAUGGACAUGGGAUGGACCUCUUCAGUAUAAUCGCUUCAGUGCAUACAAACUUGCUUAUAAUAUUGAUAGCAUCUUCUCGCAUAAACUUCCAGGUGCACUUUACGCUAUAUAUGCGGAAUUGCAAAUGCUUCGAUGAACGGACUCAGCAGAUCGCCGUGGCAGCGCGCUUCUCGAUUGACGAGUUAGAUUCCGACCCAAGCCGAGUGGCUUCGCAGAUCGAGUCCUUAUUGUGUGGGGAUGGGGUCACGGACUACUUCCAGCUGGUAUUGUUUUUAAAUUGGCGCAAAUAGAUGCUGACUGUCGAGCUUGAUUCAGUGCACGAAGUUAGUCUUGACCGUGAGCAUUCAUCACAUAACCACUGAGCAUACUAGAGUAGAAACGUUUCAUCUCGUCGGGCCCUUAGCAUCCUUUUAAGCAACCAAAGACCUUAACCAUCUAGUGCUUGAAAAUCCAAACCAAUCACGCCCCACCAUCCCAGAAACGGCUACUGGUUCAAAUGUUCGACCUGUCCUUCUUCGUGCAAAAAGUGGCUGGAUUAGUGAAUGCCGGUUACGAGGAUUGCCGACUGAAUGCCCUGCAGUGGCAGCAUUGUUUAAACAUACAAGCGGAUGGAAGUACAAAGGGCAAGGAAAAAAAAGAGGCAUAUCAGGUGCAUGCUUUUACUUGGAUAAGAGGUUCUUAGUAGAUUUCAGAUAAGGCAAAAUCAGUCGUAACAUCUUCUUUUAUCAAGAGGGAAAGGCCUCGCGUUAUAUCUCCACUUUCAUCAUUCGGCUUUACUUUGUCUUUGUGCAGCAGUGGUUUCUCCUGCUCUCCAGGUUUAUGUCACGGUCGUCGAUCCAGAUCCAAACGAGGACACCAUUAAGACGUUUAUGGCGCCUGUGCCGUUGCAGCGUCCAUCAACACAAACAAGAGGCGGAGACCAUACGGUGAAGAAAGCAACAUAUGACGCAUCGAGACCGAAGGUGAGAGGGCUGCUGCGACUGGUGCAUCAUCUUGGGGGCAGUCGGCUGAUGGAGGUUUUCAUGGGAGACGCGGUCGCAUCGGGUCCAGCGCCAACAUUGGUGUUGGAUUCCGAUCAGGAGGAGUGUGAAGUGCGUGCGCACUUCGCUUUGGGAAUGGUGAUGCGUGCAGUCCCAAGACUGGGACUGCACCAUCGCUUAGCAAACCACGUGAAUAAGGAAAAGCAGCUGCUGAAGGUGAGGGAAGCUCUACGAGAGUUUACCGGAGGGGCUCUCGCGAAAGAGUCCCUCAGAGGAGCGUUCAUUUCUGCGCGAGACGAAUGCGCUGUUCUUGCUCGUGCUUUCAGCUUAGUGGUCGACGCUAUAGAGAACGAGACCGGAAAAGCAACAGCCGACGCUUUGGAGGAAGGUACUACUAGAUUCGGACGAGAUGAUAGAUGUCAGCUUUUGGACUUUCAUUUUGCUCAAAAUGCUCCAAGUUCGCAUCUCAUCGAAAAAAACCACGUUUCUGACCCUUGUCCCGACUAGGAUCCACAUAAUCCUACCUAGUUUUCCUGUCGCUUUCAACCAUGGCCUUCACCCAUGGCCGCGACCAUGAUUUUCAGAGUUGAAAAGAUGCACUUUUUUAGCUUUUCUAGUGGGGAAUAGGUUUCAGAAGUUGGUCCGAAUGGUCCUGAAAUUGUAAGGUUCUGCGAGGGUCUCGCUCACGGUCUCAGAGCGGGACCGAAGCUGCAACAUCAUGACGAGUUGCAUGUCGACUACAGAAAUUUUCUCCUUCACCUACAUCUCCACUUCAGCUACCUCGCUCACCUCGAUGGUUCGAACCCGAUGGUUCAACUUGUGCUACGUUGCGGCUUGGCUCGAAAAGAAUUGCAGUGUGACCAUUCAUAUCCUCAGACACAUGCUUGGCAAGCCGCAAAUUCGGCAGCGAGUUGUUGCUGCUGAGGCGGCAAUGUUGGUGGAAGCUGGUCAUGAUGCAAACGCAAACGAAGAUAUCGAGAUCGACGAUCUAUUUCCACUAGCUCCAGUAGAUGUCGACGACGGACCGCUGCCGGGACCUCGGCCUUUACUCGAUGCGGAGCAGCAGGUGGAUUUGCCGGAAGAACAGGUGGUGGCUGUCGACCCCCAUGGAGAUGGGCCCGCUAUUCAACCCGUUGCUGCAAACCGAGAGGAAACUGGAGGUCGAAAGAAGACACAGGCGCUUUUGACUGCACUAGAAGAAGUGGAUAUGGAUGUGGUCCGGCACUAUCUUCGCAUUUCUCGUAGGCCUUGGAUGUUCCACCAACUUCAUUUGAAAAUAACCUACGGCUUGCAAGCAGAUGACGCAACCACCGAACCCACUGAGAGGCUGAUGGAGCAGUUCCCAGAAUUAACAUGCGAUGCAGGACAUCAUAGCUUUUUAUUCGAUGUUGCCAAGGAGCUCCCGCACAUCCUCGCAUCAUUCAUCGCGGAAGCCUUCGAGUUCGUGUGGGGGCAGGAGCAGUUUACUCGUGUGCUGAAGUUCGCCUGUACAGUCAGCAGGCACUGGUUCUGGGAAAAAUACGAUCCGUCUUUCGGCCUCUGGGUCUCCAUUUAUCACAGAGGAAACGUUAGUGGAUCAUCCAUCAAGAAAGCAGACUUUCUGAACCUACGACCAUUGACGAAGUUCGGAUCUCAGAUGCUCGAGUACCUCAAGAACAACGCUGAAGACGAUGGCCUGCAGGCGGUGCAGUCCGUCAUCAUCAGCGGUGCCACUAGUGACAGUGAAGGAGAGAGCCACUGGAAGUGGGUCUCUCUUGCUCGCGGAGUCGUCAGGCUUUUGGCCGGGAAGUUUCGUUUGAGCCACCAGAGACUCAGUUGGAGAGACCGGCUGCAGCUAUUCCAGAGGAUCCCGCGAUUCUUUGGCAGUUCAAUGGAGAAACCGAUUCCGUCACCUAUCGUUCGUGGCUACAUGCAGACCGGCUCGACACGUCAGGAGCUACUCGAGAUCAUUCGAUCCGAACAUGUGAAGCAGCCAACCCGCCUGGAGCAGUUCAAAAACCUUGAAGACCUCCAUAAGUCCGAGAAGAUGAGCAGUCGUGCCCUCGAGAUUGAGAAGCAGACUCUGAACCACGUAGCGGACGAAGCUAUCUGUUCGCAUGCAGAGACGUACGGUCUGCCAGGACUAGAAACUGCUAUUUGGACCAAGUUGCGCAGCAAGCGAAAUCGUCGCGACUUUCGAAUCUUGCAGCGCGCGGCAGACUUGGUGUGCCGGCGAUUGGGUUUGUAUACCCGGCUGACAAGUGACGCAAAGCCGAUUGUGUUGAUGGACAACUACUUUGACGGCCGCGUAGUUCUGGUAAUCGACCUGAAGAAGGGCAUGUACUCUGGAAUGAAGAUGAAGAUAGGACUCGAAGCCGACGUCUAUAUUCUGGACAUGGAUGGCACUUCUAUCUGCUACGGAUUCGCUUCGCACUGCUGGGUUUUAGAAGAUUACCAGUGGGCUUUUCCGAAUGGUCGCAUCGAAAUAUCGACAGAUGCAAACUGGUUGACUUUUCACUCGUGUCUCCUAGAGUGCGUGAACAGUAUUGCGUACGCGGACCUGCUUCCCAUCAUCAAGCUCUACUUGGACUUCUCCCUGAACUUCGACGAAGGGCUUCCUGAGAAGGUGCUCCGAGAUCUUCUAGCGCGUAUUCUCGAACACGAUGAUCGAAACCGUGCAGCAGCUGAGGUCGAGAAGGUUCUGCGAAGCAAUGUCUCAUCGGUUGCGAGCAUUGGGCCGGCACUGAAGAAGCUGAAGGCGAAUUCAGGUCGCGCCGUAGGCGUUGCGAAUGCUCCUGCAGGAGAUGACUCGGACAACGAGCAGCGCGUCUUUUUAGGACGUGUCUCCAACGUAUGUGAGUGGCACAUGACCUGCAGCAGCUGCAGAAAGCUCAUCGCGCGCGUGAUGAAGACGGAGAGGCGCCAAAACCUCUGCGGAGCCGCUCUCUACGUAAAAUAUGAGAAGCAUGUUCCCUUGGAGCCAGGGGAUAAAAAGGCUCCAUGCAGGUGCUGGAUUAGAGACAAACAGGCGACGCACCUGAUCGAAGAAUACGGAUGGCGGACUACUGCGGAGGAUAUCCACAAGCGAACGUGCCCCGCGGCGUCGCUGACUGUAAAGGAAGUCAAGAAACGCUCCUAG